GGGGGGGGUAGCUACAGGGGAUGGCGUCCACAUGUGGACCCGGAAGCGUGCAUACCUGGUGGCCCUUUCUCUCGUGGCUCUCUUUAUCGCGCCUGGGACACGCGAUGAGCCUGAAAUCCGCCGAUAUGCCCCCUCUCGUCCCUCAAGUAGAACGCCCACCGGCUUCGGUGCGCCCAACAAGGGACACAAAACGGUUAGGGCUUGUCUUUGUUUCGCCCCUCCACCCACAGGUGAAGUUCAGGAUCGCACUGUCGUGCACUUUCUUUGCACACAAUAACUGCCUCGGCCUGACGUGGGUGGCCUCACCCUUAAAACGAGUGGCCGCCGAUGGGUGUGUCCUCCAGUGUGUGUGUGUGCGCGCGCACCUGUCUCCGUACAUCUUUAAGCCAUUCGUAUUGGCCAAAUACAUCCAAUCUACAUAUGAAUGCCACAUCCAGUGCCCACUCCCCCGAACAGGAAAAAAAAAGCCGAUCUAAUCCCCCGAACUCAACGCCCAGCCACCCGGACAUGCAGCAGCAGGACACAUGGAGGGAAGGGGCCCGUGCACAAUCAUGAAAGAGGGAGAGAGGGCGACGGACACCAACACAACCAUGGGUAGAUGGGCCAGAGAGGGAGAAGGUAUAGCGCUGGG